GAGUGUUUGUCCCAGCAUGUCGGAGGGGGAGGCCCAGACAGUCCUCAGCAGUGGCUCAGACCCUAAGGUCGAAUCCUCAUCUUCUGCUCCUGGCCUGACAUCAGUGUCACCUCCUGUGACUUCCACAACCUCAGCUGCUUCCCCAGAGGAAGAAGAAGAAAGUGAAGAUGAGUCUGAGAUUUUGGAAGAGUCACCAUGUGGACGCUGGCAGAAGAGACGAGAAGAGGUGAAUCAGCGGAAUGUGCCAGGUAUUGACAGUGCUUAUCUGGCCAUGGAUACAGAGGAAGGUGUAGAGGUUGUGUGGAAUGAGGUACAGUUCUCAGAGCGCAAAAACUACAAACUGCAGGAGGAAAAGGUCCGUGCUGUGUUUGAUAAUCUGAUUCAGUUGGAACAUCUCAACAUUGUUAAGUUUCACAAAUAUUGGGCUGACAUUAAAGAGAACAAGGCCAGGGUCAUUUUUAUCACAGAAUAUAUGUCAUCUGGGAGUUUGAAACAGUUUCUGAAGAAGACCAAAAAGAACCACAAGACUAUGAAUGAAAAGGCGUGGAAGCGCUGGUGCACACAGAUUCUCUCUGCUCUAAGCUACCUGCACUCCUGUGACCCCCCCAUCAUCCAUGGGAACCUGACCUGUGACACCAUCUUCAUCCAGCACAACGGACUCAUCAAGAUUGGCUCUGUCUUUCAUAGGAUUUUUGCUAAUGUGGCUCCUGACACUAUCAACAACCACGUGAAGACUUGUCGAGAAGAACAGAAGAAUCUACACUUCUUUGCUCCAGAGUAUGGAGAAGUCACUAACGUGACAACAGCUGUGGACAUCUACUCCUUUGGCAUGUGUGCCCUGGAGAUGGCAGUGCUGGAGAUUCAGGGCAACGGAGAGUCCUCCUAUGUGCCACAGGAAGCCAUCAGCAGUGCCAUCCAGCUUCUAGAAGAUCCGUUACAGAGGGAGUUCAUUCAAAAGUGCCUGCAGUCUGAGCCUGCGCGCAGACCAACAGCCAGAGAACUUCUGUUCCACCCCGCAUUGUUUGAAGUGCCCUCGCUCAAACUCCUUGCUGCCCACUGCAUCGUGGGACACCAGCACAUGAUCCCAGAGAACGCUCUGGAGGAGAUCACCAAAAACAUGGAUACCAGUGCCGUACUGGCUGAAAUCCCUGCAGGUCCAGGAAGAGAACCAGUUCAGACUUUGUACUCUCAGUCACCAGCUCUGGAACUGGACAAAUUCCUCGAAGACGUCAGGAACGGGAUCUACCCUCUGACAGCCUUUGGGCUGCCCCGGCCCCAGCAGCCCCAGCAGGAAGAGGUGACAUCACCCGUUGUGCCCCCCUCUGUCAAGACUCCAACACCUGAGCCAGCUGAGGUGGAGACCCGCAAGGUGGUGCUGAUGCAGUGCAACAUUGAGUCCGUGGAGGAGGGCGUCAAACACCACCUGACGCUCUUGCUGAAGCUGGAGGACAAACUGAACCGUCACCUGAGCUGUGACCUGAUGCCAAAUGAGAACAUCCCCGAGCUGGCAGCCGAGCUGGUGCAGCUGGGCUUCAUUAGCGAGGCCGACCAGAGCCGGCUGACCUCGCUGCUGGAGGAGACCUUGAGCAAGUUCAACUUUGCCAGGAGCGGCGCGCUCAACCCGGCCGCAGUCACUGUCUCCUCGUAGAGCCCCGGGCCCCAGCUGCGCCUGUCCCCCAGCUGCGCCCGUCCCCCAGUCAGUAUUAUCCUGCGAGGCCCCUCCUGCCCGCGGGAGGCUGGGCCCUCCGGUUCUGAGCACCCUCCUCUGCACUUUGUUUACUUGUUUUGCACAGACGGGCCGGGCCAGGGCCGCGGCCUUCCGGCGGGCAUCUGAGCCUGGCCCGGCUGUGCGGAGAGGCCACGGGCGCUGGACGCGGAGACCUGCAGCCCGGGGCGGCGGGGAGGUGGUGCUGCAGUGGGAGCCCGGGGGGCCUUUGAGUCGCCUCAGUUGCUGCUGUAAUAAAGUCUACUUUUUGCUACAA